AUGUUAUUUACAACGAAAAUACCAAGUCGAAUAAUCAUAUCAUUGGGUUGUUUCUUUCUAGUUCACUAUAUUUUUGGACAUUCGUUAUCUGACGUCGUUCAAAACGUCUAUGUAAAUGCUUCUCAUCCAUCUGUAUCACUAUUCCCAGCUUCCAACUUAUCUUCACCUAAAAAUGAGCCGAGUACAAAUCAGACCACGCAAGCUAAAUGGCAGCAUUUAUGUCCAUAUAUGAAGUACAAGUGUAGUGAGUUACCAGGUUAUUGUCUUAUGUGCAAUUUCAAUACUUCAUGUGUUUAUGGCGCGGUAGUCAAUGUUACUUGCUUCCCCCGUCCAGGAGUUUAUUGCAAAGAUUCAGGUGGUAUAGCUCAAGAAAACCAAACUUCUCAAACUAAUUCAUCAGACUUUUCUUAUCCGAUGAAUGAUCAAACAAAUUACCUAAUUCAAAAACCGAUUGUGUGUCGAUUUUGCCACCAGUUAGGUGAUACUGAGAUUGUUUGUAUCGGUCGAACUAAUUGUCGUCAACCUAAUGUACCUCGGAGUUUUUAUGAAACGAAAUGUGAACCAUUUCCUCAUAUACUAUGCCUAGGACGAAGAGUAUUCAGGCGUAUGGUGCCUUGUGAUUGGUCUUCUGGUAAAAGUUAUGUACUAACUGUUAUCUUAAGUUUAUUUUUCGGUGGUUUGGGAGUUGAUCGUUUUUAUUUGGGCAUGUGGAUAGAAGGAUUAGGCAAAUUGUUUAGCUUCGGUGGUCUUGGUUUAUGGAGUAUCGUUGAUUUUAUCUUAAUUGUAUCCGGAUAUGUAAAGCCUCCUGGAGAUGCUGUAUACUGGUGAUAUAAUAGGACGCAACAGUGAUGUAAAUCACCCAUAUAAUUCAAGGUAAUUUAUACUUUUUACUACUUCCAAUAAUUUCAACAACUAUCUCGUGCUUUAAUUCUUC